AUGAGUUGUGGGCUAUUGAAAGACAGUGAUCGACAAUACUGGGAUCCUCCUUCUUGCACUGAGACUUUCAAAGACGUGGGAGAUGAGUGCAACCUUGUUUGCAGAGAUGGAUAUACCCUUAAUGGAACUGCUACAGUCACAUGCACUGAUGAUGGCUGGAGUGGUGCUGGUGGAUUGAACGUAUUUCCUGAAUGCAAAGGCUGUGCUCACUUGCAGGACAGUGAACGAGAAUACUGGGAUCCUCCAUCAUGUUCUCGGAGCUACAGUGAAGUAGGAGAUCAGUGCAGCCUCAUUUGCAAUGAUGGAUAUGAACUUAGUGGAAGUGCUAUUGUCACAUGCACACCUGAUGGGUGGAAUGGCACUGGUGGUUUUGAUAAAAUUCCUCACUGCAAAACACCUGAAGAAAUAGGUGAAGAUUUUUUCCAGAAAAUAAACCUCACUUUGAAUGGAGUUGCAACAAGUAUGUUAUUCCUAUUAGAUGAAUCAGGAAGUGUCUCAAGAGAUCAGUUUGACAUGGAGAAAUUCUUUGUUCAGUCAGUGGCCCAGUCAUUCCCGCUAUCAGUAAAUCGAACAGCAGGCUUGAUUACAUUCAGUAAUGUUGCCGCAGUAGACAUCCCACUACUCCAAACAGACACCUGUGUAUUUGUUGACUCUGUUAGUCAGCUCAUUUAUGAAGGGGGUGGUACAAGUAUCCUAGUGGCAUUAAAUCUGGCAAUUGAUGAAAUACAAAGAAAUGCAGCUAAUGGUGCAACACUUGUAUUUCUAAUAACAGAUGGAAUCAGUACAACUGACCCAACCCCAGCUGCUAACACACUGAAAGAUAAUGGAGAAAUUGUGUUUACAAUUGGGGUUGCUUCUUAUGAUCGUAGCCAACUUGAACCAUUGGCUAGUCAUGAUUCAGAAGGAGUUCCUAAUUUCUUUGGAGUUUCAAGCUUUGAAGCAUUCAUGAAGAUUGCAGAGUACCUGAACACAACCUACAUCAAUGAAAACCAGAUAGACUGCAAUUAAUCCAGCAGUCACCAUUCUAUUUUUGCUUAUAUAACAGGUUAGAAGAUGAAAUGGUAACUCUGCAGAAACUACUUGCAGCAGAUUAUUCUAUGAAGAAUCUUACUUUCUAGUUGUGUUAUUGUAUAAAAGA